AUGAUAAACUGCUUAAUCAUCACGCUGGUACUUCAUGUGAGUGGACAGAUCGAUAUCCUUCGUCGAGAGUUGUUGGCGAUUUGCUAUGACCAAGAUUCUCAGCGCGAUUCGAUCGUCGCGGAUAUCAGAUUUCUGAUUACUCGGCAUCAAAGAAUAAUAAUGUUCUCGGAUAAUAUCGAGGAGCUUUAUUCCAACAUUGCGCUGAUGCAGUUUCUGUCGAAUACUGUGGUUAUCUGUUGCAUCGGCUUCACGUUUAUAAGCUCCCUCGCCAAGGACCGAGCCACCGUGGUGCUGCUGAAAUCCGCUAUCUUUUAUUUCGCCAUAACGUUGGAAGCCUUCAUCUUUUGCUUCGUCGGAGAAUAUCUCAGCGCCAAGAGCAAAUCGAUUGGCGAUGCAGUGUACGAGUCGCUCUGGUAUAACCUGACACCCGCCGAAUGUCGAAUUCUAUUAUUUGUGAUAUUAAGAUCGCAGAAAAGAUUGACCAUCACCGCCGGAAACAUUAUGGAUCUCUCUCUGGAAGGAUUUACGACGUCGGAAGCGUUUCUAUUCGAAGGCAGAACUCUGAAAAUGGACUCGAAGAUCGAUUCGACCAUCCUCGACGGCACUGUCAGUCGCUCGAUCGAGAUCGGUCUCCGCGUGAUUGGCGUUUGGCCCGACUCGUCCUACGCCUUCCUUCGUCGCGCCUUCUGGAUGAUCACCCUGACGAUAGCGCAGACCUUUCAAUAUCGCUAUUUCGUCGUACACGUCCGCACCGAAGAUCUGUCGCAUCUCAUGGACGGUCUGAGCACCACGAUGUCCUACAGUCUGCUGCUUCUGAAACUUACGAUAUUCUGGAUCAAUCGACGUCUUACUAAGACCUUCCAACCAACCACAACUGGAGUAAGAUUAUGGAUCGGAAAUUUUGAAGCUCGUCUUUUAACCGAUAAUACGAAAUCUGACGUUUCAUCAGUGCAACCGUGUCCUGACUUUUAUUCGACUGACUCAAUGAAGAACGAGAUAAAGUCGAUGAGUGCCGUGUGUCAUUCCGUGGAGUUCGGUUUGCGCGCAAUCGGCGUAUGGCCGGGCACGUCGUACGCAAUUUUACGGCGAUUCCUCUGUAUAUUCUCGACGGCGGUGUUUCAGAUCUUUCAGUAUCAGCAUUUGAUAGUACACUUUGGCGAGGAGAAUCUACCGCUCCUCAUGGACGUACUAAGCGCAACGCUUACUUAUAGCCUUGUGUUUGCCAAACUCAUUAUUUUUGCGUUCAACGCGCGUCUGCUGGACGAAAUUAUAACGGUCAUGGUCGACGAUUGGAAGGAGCGUGAAGUUUCAGAUAAUUACACGAUGACCAGGAUGGCCUACAUCUCUUAUCGUUUCUCCAACUUUAUAAUUUUCUCGUAUGCGAUGUCGGUGUUCCUUUACGCGACCGGCACCAUGUUGAAACACAGAAGCGAUAAUCAAACCGACGCUCGAGAGCUCAUCCUUAAAAUGGAGUUGCCAUUCGCAAUCGAGAGCUCAUCGGUAUAUGUGGCUGUUCUCGUUAUACAGUUUGUUCAUCAGACAAGUGCGGCUAGUAUAUCCGGUGUCUUGAACUCCUUGUUGAUAACAUUGUCUAUCGGUGUCCCGGGCGGUUCGGCGGUGUUAAUGAAAUCAGUGUUAUUUUACGUUCUUAUCAGCUUGGAGGCAUUUAUAUUUUGUUUCGUCGGAGAGCAUUUCAACACGAAAAGCCAAAUGAUCGGCGACGCAGCGUACGAAUCGCUUUGGUACGAAUUAAACCCGAAUCAGAAUCGAGAUAUACUUCUCAUAAUCUUAAGAUCGCAGAAGCACUUGACGCUUACGAUCGGAAAGGUCAUGGACCUUUCCUUGAAGCAAUUUGCCAGCACCAUGAAAGCUUCAGUGUCAUAUAUGUCGGUGCUACACGCGAUCAUGGUGGUGAACGUUUGCCUUGCAUUUUUAAUGCAAAUGACAGACAGCGUCCGAGCGAUGCUGUUUCAGACUUUUCAAUAUCGAUACUUGAUCAUGCAUUUUGGCGAAGAGGAUCUUUUUAUCCUGAUGGACGUAUUGAGCGCAACUCUGGCUUACAGCCUUCUGUUUAUCAAGCUGAUUAUUUUCAUGUUCAACGCUCAUCUGCUGAAUAAAAUCAUAGCGCGCGUAGUCGAAGAUUGGAAGAGACGCGAUAUCUCCGAAGAGUACACAAUGACCAGAAUAGCUUACAUCUCUCGUCGGUUCUCCAAUUUGAUAAUCACUAUAUACGCGAUGUCAGUGUUUCUCUAUGCUAUCGGUACUCUGCUUAGGUAUAAGAAUAGCAAUCAGACCGAUUCUCGAGAGCUCUUUCUCAAGAUGGAGUUACCUUUUGAGAUCAAGAGCACGUCAAUGUAUAUUGUGCUUCACGUCUGUGGACAGAUCGAUAUAGUGCGACAAAAGUUGAGUGAAAUCACGCGGAAGAACAUCGAGCGAGGUGUCACCGAAAGUAUCAUGAAAACGUUGAUCGCUCGUCAUCAGAGAAUUAUCUCGUUCUCCAAGAACAUCGAGGGCCUCUUCUCAAGCAUCGCGCUGAUACAAUUCGUCUCAAACACUCUGGUUAUUUGUUGUCUAGGAUUUCUGAUGGUGAUUAGCAGAAUGAUCGGCGAUGCGGCGUAUGAAUCGCUUUGGUACGAAUUGAAUCGGAACCAGCAUCAAGAUGUUCUUCUAAUGAUUACAAGAUCCCAGAAAUACUUGACACUCACGGUCGGAAAGUUUGUGGAUCUCUCUUUGCAGCAAUUUGCCAACACCACGCUCAGCCGGCUUGUUAAAUUCGGCCUUCACAUUUACGGCAUCUGGCCAUACGUACCGUCCACCGUGCUGUUUAGAUUGUACUGAAUAAUGAUGCUAAGCACGGCCCAAGUCUUUCAGUAUCGAUACGUCAUAGUGAACAUUCAUAUGGACGACUUCUCCCAGCUCAUGGACGGAGUUGGUAGCGCGAUGGCUUCCUCUCUACUCUACAUGAAACUCGUUCUUCUGUGGAUCUUCCGUAGAAUAUUUUUCGAUCUGUUGCAAAUGAUGUCCGCGGACUGGCAGGAUCGCACUAUCUGUAAUUCGCGCAUAAUGACGAAAACGGCAAAUGUCGCACAACGCGCCUCGAGAUGGAUCGUCGGCAUGCAGAUUUUCGCCGUAGUCACCUACAGCGCCGGCGUUCUCGCUGCUAACAUAGAUAACCCCGAGAGAGUGGAACCCUACGAACGGGAACUUAUCCUGAAGAUGAAACUGCCAUUCAAUAUUAGUACACAUUCUAUUUACGUGGCGGUUCAAAGUGUUCAAUUUUAUCACCUGUUUCUCGUCGGCUGCGGCAUCACGAUUAUCAAUUCGCUUCUCGUUACUCUGAUACUUCACGUCAGUGGUCAAAUCGAUAUUCUUCGUGAACAGUUGAUGAAAGCUUUUUCUAAAAAUGAGGUAGAUUCGACGGAGGAGAUUACGAUGCAAUCGUUGAUCGCGAAGCACCAGCGGAUUAUCGUAUUUGCGGAAAGCAUCGAGACUCUUUAUACAGUCAUCGCGUUCAUGUUGCUCUUAUCAGACACAAUCAUUAUAUGCUGUCUGGGAUAUGUUAUCGUUACCAGCAAAAUGAUUGGAGAUGCGGCAUAUGAUUCUUUUUGGUACGAGUCAUAUCAGAGUCGGAUCGUACAUCUCGUAAUCCUGGGAUCGCAGAAACGAUUGACGAUCACGAUUGGAAAAAUUAUGGAUCUUUCCUUAGAACGUUUUACCAGCGUAACACUUGAAUAUCAAUGGGUCGUAGUACAUUUUUAUUCUAACGAGCCUUUCGAAGUGAUGAAAAUUUUAAGUGAAACAAUGACAUACACGAUAAUGUUCAUUAAAGUUAUCAUUUUUUGGGUUAAAAAACGAACAUUUGUCAGGAUAUUAACGAUGAUGGCAAUCGAUUGGGAAAAUCGUACCAUCGAUGAAGUUAGUAUGAUCACAACGACAUACAAUGCCAACCUGUCUCGACGUUUCAAUAACGGAACAGUCAUCCUUUAUACGGUAGCUGUAAUGUUUCAUGUUAGCAAUGUUUUCAUGAACGAUUCGGAUGACGAGAAAGCUCUUAAUACUUCCACGCGACCACUCGUUAUGAAUAUGGACCUACCAUUUGACCUCAACCAAACAUUGGUAUAUGAGUUGGUUAUAAUUAUUCAAUUAAUUCAUUUAAUGCUAUGCGCCUAUAUAAACGGCCUGUUAAAUAUCUUAUUAAUAAAUUUGAUACUGCAUGUAGGCGGUCAAAUCGAUAUUCUUCGUAAGUGGUUGAUAGAUAUGUUUCCAACGGAAGGAAAACUGUCCAAGGAAAGCAGUUUGAAUCCCUUUAUAGUAGAAAAAGUAAUCAAGAAACAUCAGCAAAUCAUCACCUUUUCAGAGCACAUCGAAGAAUUAUACACGAAUAUCGCGAUGGUGCUGUUCGUGUCGGAUACUUUAAUUAUCUGUUGUUUAGGUUAUAUACUCGUCGCGUCAAUUGGAACACCCGAUGCUAUGAGAAUUAUAAUGAGAACAAUCUUGUUUUACGUCGUUUCAAUUAUGGAAUCAUUUAUUUACUGCUUUACUGGAGAUUAUCUAACUAAUAAGACCAACAGCAUCGGGGAUGCUGCAUAUAAUUCUUAUUGGUACGAAGGAAAUUCCAGAGAGAAUCGAUUUAUAGUGUUUUUGAUAAUGAGAUCGCAGAAGCAAUUAACUAUUACAAUUGGAAAAAUCAUGGAUUUAUCUAUGGAGCGGUUUAGUAGUAUUAUAAAAGCUUCAGCUUCGUAUAUAUCGGUUCUAAUUGCGAUGUAUUGAAGCGAAAUUACAUCUUGUAGAUCAAAUUUCUGAUUGUUGUUUAGUUGAAGAAAAAUUUGCACAUAAAAGAAUUGAAAACAUAACGAAAACUGUUUUGCGAUAUUACUCACCAUUCUCUUCUCACGUGUAUCGCACGCAUUCGCACGUGAGUGCACGCGUGUUCGUAAGAAUAAACAUGGGAUUGUCUGGAGGUAAAUCAAUAACCCGUAUUCAAUGUUUAUUAAAUGAGGUCAAACUCCCCGUCAUUUCUUCUCUUUUUAUAUACGCGAGAGUUUCAUUCGAACAUAAUAUACUUUCCACUCUCGCGUUUUGCAUUUUUAAACUAAUAAUUCGCAUAAUUCGCCGCUAUUGCGCUGCAAAAUCGAGAGAAAGAGAGAAAACAGAGCGUGAAAAUAAAUUUUGUAAAUUUUUUUUCUCUCUUUGACUCCUAUCGAGAUGUAAUUGUGAUGUUUAAUUACAACCAUAUUUAUGUCGCUCGAUAGCAGAAGAACAUUUAAUGAUCAAUCGAUAUUGAUCAAUUGCGUACAAUGCGCUUUUGUAAUAAAGUUUCCAUCUUUAUCUAGAAAUUGCUUCGCGCAAUUCGAGGUGAUAAACAUGUUAAGUGAAACAAUAGCAUUCUCGAUAUUGUUAAUUAAACUCGUCAUUUUUUGGUAUAAACAGCGAUGAGAUAU